GCUAAAUGUUUCUCAUGACAAUCUCAAUACUACAAAUAUGUUAGAAUCAUGGCAUCGGAAGCUUAAAUAUGAUAUUUUUGAUGGAAAGCCUAAUCGACGUAGAGAUAUUCUUAUUCAUGAAUUAUAUGUUAAUGAAAAUAGUGAUGCUUGA